CGGCUGUGCGCACGCGCAGAGCCAGGCACCGGGAGCGGCCCGGGACCGGGACCAGGAGCGGGACCGGGAGCAGGGCUGGGGGGGCACGGGGUGAGGGAGACCCGCGGGCCGGGACGACACCCCGCGGGGUGACACAGACCCCGCAGGCUUUAGGGAGUCCCCCGAGCGAAGCGGCUCCGGGAGCGGCGGCACCAUGAACGCGGCGCAGGGCACGGUGGGCAGCGACCCGGUCAUCCUGGCCACGGCCGGCUACGACCACACGGUGCGGUUCUGGCAGGCGCACAGCGGCAUCUGCACCCGCACGGUGCAGCACCAGGACUCCCAGGUGAACGCCCUGGAGAUCACGCCGGACCGGAGCAUGAUCGCAGCCGCCGGGUACCAGCACAUCCGCAUGUACGACCUCAACUCCAACAACCCCAACCCCGUCAUCAACUACGACGGCGUGAGCAAGAACAUCACCUCGGUGGGGUUCCACGAGGACGGGCGCUGGAUGUACACGGGCGGGGAGGACUGCAUGGCCCGCAUCUGGGACCUCAGGUCCCGGAACCUGCAGUGCCAGCGCAUUUUCCAGGUGAACGCUCCCAUCAACUGUGUCUGCUUGCACCCCAACCAGGCAGAGCUGAUCGUGGGUGACCAGAGCGGGGCCAUCCACAUCUGGGACCUGAAGACUGACCACAACGAGCAGCUGAUCCCCGAGCCCGAGGUGUCGGUGAACUCGGUGCACAUCGACCCCGACGCCAGUUACAUGGCAGCCGUGAACAGCUCGGGAAACUGCUACGUGUGGAACCUGACGGGUGGCAUCGGCGAGGAGGUGACGCAGCUCAUCCCCAAGACCAAGAUCCCGGCACACAUCCGCUACGCCCUGCAGUGCAAGUUCAGCCCCGACUCCACGCUCUUGGCCACCUGUUCUGCAGAUCAGACGUGCAAGAUCUGGAGGACUUCAAACUUCUCUCUGAUGACAGAGCUGAGCAUUAAGAGCAACAACCCUGGGGAGACGUCGCGGGGCUGGAUGUGGGACUGCGCCUUCUCCGGGGACUCCCAGUACAUUGUCACAGCCUCCUCUGAUAACCUGGCCAGACUGUGGUGUGUGGAGACAGGGGAGAUCAAGAGGGAAUACAGUGGCCACCAGAAAGCCGUGGUCUGCCUGGCCUUCAAUGACAGCGUCCUGGGAUAACGGGCACGUGUGGCAAGGACAGCACCUCUGCUUGUUUCCCCUUGCCUUGCCAGACCCUCUUCAGAGCCUGGGACAUGCUCUGUACCCAUCCCCUCCUGCGUGGAGAGGGCUGGGGCUCUGACAGGAGCAGCUGCAGCUGCCUGGGCUGAGACCAGGCUUCAGCUCCAGGCAGGACAUUGCUGAAACGUGUGUGGCCCUGAGGGAGGGGAUGGGAGAGGGAGGCACGGUCCCACUGCAGGGACACAGGUACAGCUCAGCUGCAGGAAUCCCUGGGGCAUCGGCUGCUGACAGCUCUGGAUGUUCCUGUACCCCAGAGUGGGAAAAAAAUAAAAGUCAGCCUUUGCCAGUGAUGGGAGAGGCUGAGCAAAGAGGAGAA